AUGCGUUUUUUCCAAGCUAUCCUCGCUGCCUCCGCGUUCGUCGGUUCGGCUCUUGCGCAAACAAACCUCGCCCUCACCUCGGUGCCGUCUGAGGUUGUUGCCGGAAACACCUAUACUAUUACCUACACGGCGCCCGACCUUGACCAACCUGUCACGAUCACGCUGCGCAAGGGCGAUCCCAACAACCUCAACACCAUUGGGGAGCUCACCUCGGAUGCAACUGGUGGCAGCUACACAUGGAUCCCCAGCACCUCCCUCGCCGACGGCGAAGACUAUGCGCUCCAGAUCACGCAAGACAACCAGAUCAACUACUCCGGCCUGAUCUCCCUCUCCGGCGGUAACAGCGCCGCCGUCUCGUCCGCUUCGUCUGCCUCUGCCUCCUCGAGCUCCGUCCUCGCCGCCAUCACCAGCUCCGCAUCCGUCGCUUCCCAGGUCUCGUCCAUCGAGUCCGUCAUCGCAUCGCUCAACUCGACGCUCGCUGCCAUCACCAACGCGACCAUGACCACGCCAGUUGUAGCUCCCACUGGCAACUUGACGAGCAUGGCCAGGAACACCACCAUGGCGACUGCUACCCUCACCUCCACCCGCAGCGCGUCGUCUGGUGCCGUCACGUCGAGGGCCACUCUGAGCGCCUCCGCGACCGAGUCUAGCGGCGUCGCUGUGCCCAGUGGCAACGCAGCUGCUGGCCUCGGAUACGCCAGCCCCUUCGCGCUCAUCUUCGGCGCUGUUGCUGCCAUGGCCUAUCUAUAG